AUGAAAUUGUUGGAAAUGUUAUCCCUUUCCUUGCUGCUAUUACAUGGUGGAAUUAUCGUUGAAUCACAAGACUUCCACGCACGUCAGCGCCGUAGCAACAUACCGUGCGGCACAAGUUUUACACCGUGUUCCAGGGCUCCGCUCGCAUUCGGCCUAGCAACAAAUACCAUCAAUGAUGAAGAAGCACUGGCGCAGCGAAUACUUUCGGAAGCAGUCGGAACUUUCAUGGACAUUAACAAGGAAAUAAAUCCUCGGGAUGUCAUUAACGCAGUACGAGAAGCCAAAGAGGAAGCUGAUAUUCUUUUCAAUCGCACUGAAAGUGAUCUCUUUAGAAGCACAAAUGGUCUGUUUUUUAUUCAGAUUUUAUGA